AUGGCAGCUUCUGGUGAACCGGGUGCCGCAAAAAAGAUUCCGUUUCUGAUCGGUGUCGGUGGUGGCACUGCUUCAGGAAAGUCAUCAGUUUGUGCAAAAAUUAUGGAGAGACUGGGAAAAACUAAUAAACGAAAAGUGUUUGCAAUAUCGCAGGAUUCAUUUUACCGCAGUUUGACUAAAGAAGAAACUAUCAAAGCUAGCAGAGGAGAAUUCAAUUUCGAUCAUCCAGAUGCUUUCGAGCUCGCAUCAAUGAUAUCGGUCCUUGAAAAAAUUAAGAGAGGUGAAAGUGUCGCGGUUCCAAAGUAUGACUUUUGCACCAACUCAAAGUUGGAUGAGUUCGAUAUUAUUGAAUCAGCUGAUGUUGUGAUGGUCGAAGGAAUAUUAGUUCUUUACGAUCAAGAAUUGCGAAAUUUCUUCGAUAUGAAACUCUUUGUUGAUGCAGAUUCUGAUGACCGCUUAUCUCGUCGUGUUCAGCGGGACAUUCGCGAAAGAGGUAGAUCAUUGAAUCAGGUCCUUCAUCAAUAUCUGAACCUAGUAAAGCCUGCAUUUGAAGAAUUUUGUCUGCCGACAAAGAAAUACGCUGAUGUUAUUAUUCCACGUGGUGCUGAUAACACUAUAGCGAUCGACUUAAUUUUGCACCAUAUUCUUGAGAUUUUAAGGACACCAACGUCAUCUGCUCAGUCUUCUCCAGAAGGAGUGCGUUAUAGCGUCCCUACUUCUUAUGGAUUGCAUUAA